AUGGCCAACGAAUUAUAUUUGAAUCUAAAGACUAACGGAGAGAGAUUUUAUUGGGCCAGUACGUGGUGUGAGCUGAAAAAAAUUGUUUUAGACGAUCUAAAGCUGACAGGUCGUUGGACUUCACCUGGCGGCGAAGUCAAACUAUUCACGAGUGAUAAUUUAAGUACAAAAUGGCAUGGGAAGUCUACUAAAUGGAUAACGGUGAUUGGAGGUCUUAGUGACACAUUAGACCUUACUAAUUUGUUGACGUCUAUAUCAGGAAAAGCUGCCGAUUGUCAGGAUGAAAUCCCUAAAAAUUGUGAACUAAUCGACGCUGAUGAAGGCAAGCACAAUGGCUGUUCUAAUUUAGGUGAGCAAGCCAACGUUGUUAAAGACAUCCACAUGGGCUGUACUAGCCUGGGAGAACAAGUUGCAGGUAUGAGCGAAGCAAUUGAUCAAACUGCACCUUUGCCUACAAAUACGACUAAUAGAAUUGAUUAA